UCAAGAUCAAACGUCAAGAGUUUAAGAUCUCGUGAUGACAACCGCAUAGAAACGUCAAAAGUGACAGAGCCGAAACGAUGGGAAAAUAUCAAUGCGUAGAAGCUGAGUAUGAGGACAUAUACAAUUUUGAGUAUUUGCGAGAACAAACACCGGUGCCUCAAAGGCCCGGACGGACGUACACCUUAAAUGACAGAUGGGAAAUUGAGAAACCCUUCCGAAUGCCCAGGAUUGACUCCGCCUUCGGGCUGCGCCUUCCGUCGGCGGCUGUCGUUAAGAUAAGUGAAACCGGAAAUCCAAGCGGCCUGCCUCCGCUUCCACCGAAAAGGCCUCGACACGCCGAAAGAGCGCCAGUAUGCGCAAUGCAAGACGGAAAAGUGAAACGCCGCUUCCCAACACGAGCGGAAGUGGUUCCUGCGUCUGUCAUGGAGCAACAGAAUAGAGUCCAAACUCCGGACAUAGAAUUCCAAGGCGAUUUCGACCCCCGCACUCAUCCCGCAGUGCAAGCCUAUGAGCGACAGCUCCACCUGUCCAAAGGAAGAGGCGCUGUCCUGCAGUCCAUGGAGACCGUCGAGGUUCCCCGGGUCCCAACCCCGGUGGCCGGCAACGGUUCCCGUCGGAUCUUACCUCAGGACGUCCGACAUAUGGACCAAGAGAAAUUCCAGGGCCUUGACGACAUGCAGACAGAGUUCAAACUCCCUCCCGCCGGAAGUGUGUUUGCUGAGAAGCUCAGGCAGUAUGAGGAGUCCAUUCGACCCAAAUUCACUAUUUCUGCUAACGCCGAAAUUGAGCAUACCGGAUAUAAAAUCGGCGAUCAGUUCCGCCCUGCUCCUCCAACCAUGCCUAAGCCGCAGAAUAUAACUUCACAGCGCGACUUCGGCUGCCGCCGCACGCGCUUCCAGUCAUCUGACGUCGACUUAGACAUCUCCUGCCGCAAGAGAUUUCCAAUUAACAACAGGCUUGCCUCUCAGCCACCACUGGAACCGGAAGUAAACACAGACUUUGACGCGGAGAUCGCAGAAGCUGUCCGUGUAGAGAAAGAAAUGGCGGCGUUAAAUCGCCACCUUGCGGAGAAGCAGACAAAGAUGAGCGAAUACUUCCGGGACAUGGAGAUCCAGAAGCCGACCACCACCGCCGCCGCCAACUGCAACAUACCCGGUUGCACGACUCCCUCCUUUAUCCCGCCAGACGCCGUACCCGUAAAGACACGGGAACCAGUGCGCGUCUGGGACGGAAACAGCGCCAAAAGUAAGCUAGGCUUCCGGUCCAAGUUCAAAAAGGAAGAGCCAGAGCGGAAGACCAGUCUCAGCGUGGGCACCAUUCCAGAGAGGAUUAUGAAACAGAUUAAGAAAUUCUUCACUUGAAAGACUUUCUUACAAAAACUUUAACCAGAUUUGCUUGUCAUACUUGUAUAUGUUCUGCAUUGAUCAUUGCAUACAUGUAUGUAUUUU